GAUACAGCUGGUGUGUUUCAUCCUCUUGGCUAAACUCUCCUGAAUCACUCGGGCAGCGAGAAAGUGACAAUGUCUGCGGAGAUCGAGGAAACAGUACCUGCCGUCCCAUCUGAACCUGCUCCUCCAGCACCGGCGAAAGCCAAGAAGGCAUCGGCCAGCAAAGCCAAGCCUGCUGCUCCGGCUACCAGUGCUGCCACCCCGACGAAGAAGAAGAAGAAAAACAAGGGCAAGAAGGGUCAACCUGGCAAAUACAGCCUUCUGGUCAUAGAUGCCAUCCGAAAGCUUGGAGAGAAAAACGGCUCAUCGCUAUUCAAGAUUUACAAUGAGGCUAAAAAAGUGAGCUGGUUCGACCAGCAGAACGGUCGCAUGUACCUGAGGUACUCAAUCCGUGCUCUGCUGCUGAAUGACACGCUCAUUCAGGUGAAAGGCAUGGGAGCCAACGGCUCGUUCAAACUCAACAAGAAGAAAUUCGAGGCUAAAAAGGCAAAGAAAACCUCGGCGAAACCGGCCAAGACGACGAAACCCGCCAAAGCUGCCAAGAAGGCAGCCCCCAAAGCAGCGGCGGCAAAGAAGCCCAAGGCAAAGGAGAGCGCUAAAAAGAAACUCGCCAAAAAAUCAGCCCCUGCCAAGAAGAAGCCUGCGGCGGUAAAGAAGACCGCUGCUUCGCCCAAGAAAGCUGCAGCCAAGAAGGCGAAACCUGCAGUCAAGAGGGCAUCUAGGGCAAAGAAGUGAAGCUUAAAAAAAGUCUACAGAACGGACUGCAACAAACUUGGACUAUUCCUCUUCUGUUUCUCGUUUUUGUAUUAAGUAAGACUAUAAGCAGGCUAUGUUUUUUUGUUUUGUUUUGUUGUUGUUUUUCUCCAUUUCCACCAGUCUCCCUCAUACUGUAUUUUUAUAUGACAUGUUGUAAAUAGAAUGCUUUAGAGGGUUUAUAUUGUUGGGAUGACGACAGAAACGUUCUUUAUUCAAUACGUGUGUUACAAGUCAUGCUUAAGUAAAACAACAGUAGACCAUCAAUAGACGUACUUUUUUGGGACCGUGUAAGAAUUCCCAAAUGAUAUGUAUUAUAGGGAACCAUUAUGUCAUUGUGUGCGACACACCCACUUAAGGUUUUCUCUGUGACUGGAUGGGCCUCGACAAAAGAUUUUUUAUUUUUAUACUUAUGUUGACAUAGUUGUAACUUGUGAAAAAUAAAGUUGUUUUGCUUUAUGGAACUGCUUUGUGUGCUGUGACGAGGUUACAUCAACGGCGCCCAAAAAUAAUAAUAAAAAGUGUGUUCUUUG